AUGGCGGACGCGCGGUCCAGCGGCCCCCAGCGCGGCGGCGCGCGGCACGGGCUGCUGGAGAGGAUGGCGCGCCUGAAGCGGGGCGGCCCGCCGUUCGCCGAGCCCGAGGCGGAGGGACGGCGCGCGGCCGGGGACUGCGGCUCCUGCUCGGGCUGGUGGUGCUGGCGGCGGCUCUUCCCGCGGGGCGCGGCCCGCGGGGCGCGCAGGAAGAAGGCCCGGUACAUGCGGCCCGGGCCGGCGGCCCAGGAGCGCGGCCGCUGGGGCCCCGCGAGCCUGCGGAGGCUGCUGCAGAAGCUGGCGGUGUGGAGGCGGCGCUGUUUGUGGCCCGGGGAGCGGCCCGAGAGGCCGGAGGAGAUCCCGCUGCUGGCGCUGCACCGCGCGCAGGUCGGCGACUAGGCCGCGGCCGCCGGGAACCCUGCCCCGCCCCGUCCCCUGCACCCGGAGCUUUGGCUUCGUUUCAUUUAG